GGAGCCGGGCCCGGCAGGCGGACUCUUCUGACGGGUGUCCCACAGGGAGGUCUGGUUUAAGGCAGCACUGAGUAAUCUCAUUUUUCACACGUCUUCUGUAGUCACUACCAGCCCUGUCAGAGGAAAGGAGUUGCUUCCUGUUAUUUCCAUUGAAAUAGUUGUCCUGACCAUUAGCAGGCAGGCUUUUCAGGAUGGCACUUUGCAGAGAGACCGGCUCUGGCAGGCUCUCCCCUGGGCUCCUGCUGCUGCUGCUCUGGGCGGCUCUCGGGAGCGAGCUCCAUCCCGCAGGCACCGCCACCCCCCCAGGAGCCAACGAGUCUCUGGCUGAGCUCCAGAACCAGAUGGUGAUUGAGGAGCCUGAGAACCUGCUCCUCAACCUGACUGCGGAUGAAAAGUACAAUCUGAUAGCCUACAUGUGCUGGGCCAAUUUCAGUCACUGGAUGAGGAACGUGACCAGGGUGCAGCUGUGUGAAUGGAGAGUCAUCAGCAGGCCAUACAGUGACCUCCGCCACUGCCUGGAGACCUUCGCAGAAAAACAGAAUUACAGCUACCCCAACAGCAUCGCCGAGGAGUGCAUUGUCCAGAGCCACCGCACCUACUUCCUGAACUGCACCCAGGAGCACCCCAUGUUCCUCGACCCACCGGAGGACGUGCUGCUGGCCCUCAUCAUUACCCCCAUCUGCCUUAUCCCUUUCCUGGUCACCCUGGUGGUGUGGCGGAGCAAGGACGGCAAGAUGCAGUCCUGAGCGCCGCAGGGCUCCAGGGUGCCAGAGGCAUCGCCAAUGUGUUAGAGAAGCAGACCUGGCUCAAACCUCUGACCCAACCUCUCCUUGCCCCAGGGGAGCCAGCCCCAGGCCUUCGCCUGCUGGCUGAGCUCCAGCGCUGGAGAGGCUGGAAGGCCCGGGUGCUCCACCCCUACCUCUGCAGCACUCGCUUCCGGCUAGGACUGGAACCACUGCUCUGCUCCCACCACUUCCAAGAGCUGGCAGGGGCUCCAUCUCGCAGGCCUGACUGCCAGGCGCAACACUUUGGAGACACUUGGAGAACCAGCCCAGAGCGGCCCCCUCUGAGCCCCUGGAGCAUCCUCCAUCUCUGGCUGAAUGCCCAGGGUUUGUACCCGCUCAAAUGAGGUUACAGCGCUGGGCUUCCAAUCCCAGGCCUCUGACGCAGGCAGGAGGAGAGAGCCCCAUGGGCAACUCUGCUCUGGGUCUCACACCGACGUAACCCCCUGCUGGGGUCCCACUUACAGCUCACCACAGCUUAACAGGUGCAAACCCC